AUGGAUUCAUCGACUCAGCAAAGUUCACAAACACAAAAUGAGGAGAAUAAUCAGUCUAUGCAGCCACAACAAGUUAACAUUAUGCAAGAUAUUAUUGCAAAACAUGGGAGCUCUGGAUGGGAUGAAUUAUAUAAAAUGAAGAAAGCAGUGUGGGAUAAAGGCGAGGUCUCACCGGCGCUCAGAGAAUUGAUCGAAGAAAAGAAAUUUCCAUUACCAGAUGGCCGUGGCUUGGUUCCCGGUUGUGGAAAAGGAUACGACGUGUUUUAUUUUGCAAACAAAAAAAGACACAUGACUGGAUUGGAUUUGAGCGAGACUGUCAUUGAUGAAGCUAAAAUGAUUCAGGCCGAGCUUAAAUUUUCUGAAGAAACAACGACUUUUCAAGCAGGCGAUUUCUUCAACUUUGAAAUUUCGGAAGGAAAAUUUCAGUUGGUCUAUGAUUACACAUUCCUGUGCGCUUUGCCACCAACUCUUCGUCAAUCAUGGGGCACGAGAAUGUCCGAGAUUAUUUCUCCGGGUGGGAUUCUAAUUGCGUUGAUGUAUCCAAUCAGUAAUCACACUGAUGGGCCACCAUUUGCCGUUAGCGAAAGCAUGUAUGAUAUUAUGGAGCUUCUAGGAAAAAAUUUUACACUAGAACACCUAGAUAAAAAUUGUAAAAGUUUUCCAGGUCGUCAAGGAAGAGAAACAAUGUCUGUAUGGAAACGCAUUUAA